AAUUAAUAAAUGUUAAUUUUAUUGAGAAAUUAAAGCCAUCAAAGAGUUAAAUUAACGAUCAGUCGGAUAAACAACCCGCUACUUAACUCAGUAAUGACGUCACACCUCAUCAUCAUCACCACCACCACCACCACCAUCAUCAUCAUCAUCAUCCCUGCCGCUGCCGCACCCGGGUCGCGCGGUGACGUCAGAGGCGGUGUCCUGCGGGGAGUCUUUUACGAGGCUCCGGUCGGUCGGUGACAGUCUGUGUCUGUCUGCGGAUCGUUAACAUGUGGAGCGCGAGGACGCUGCGGCAGCUCGUGCUGACUGUCUCCAAGCGGAGUCUUCAUCAUCAUCAUCAUCAUCAUCAUCGUCAUGAGCGGUCGGCGGGGAUCAUCGGAGCACCUUUCUCCAAGGGACAGCGCAGAGGCGGCGUGGAGAGAGGACCGGAUCUGAUCAGAGCUGCAGGACUGCGGGACAAACUGCAGGCACAAGGCUGUGCAGUGAAGGAUUAUGGGAACCUGACGUUCGAGGAGGUGGCCUCCGACGAGCCGGUCGGGCGGGUGAAGGGCGUGCGGGCGGUGGGCAGCGCCAACCAGAGGCUGUCAGCGGCGGUGCAGGCUGUGAAGAAGGACGGACACACCUCAGUGAUGCUGGGAGGAGAUCACAGUCUGGCGAUCGGCUCGAUUCACGGUCACUCGGCGGCGGUCGGUGAACUGAGCGUCGUUUGGGUCGACGCCCACGCCGACAUCAACACGCCGUUGACGUCAACCACCGGGAACAUCCACGGACAGCCGAUGUCUUUCCUGCUCCAUGAGCUGCACUCCAAGAUUCCCGUCCUGCCAAACUUCUCGUGGAUCAAACCGUGCGUAUCGGCCAGAGAUCUCGUCUACAUCGGUCUGAGAGACGUGGACCCGGAGGAGCAUUACAUCCUGAAGCUUCUGGGUGUGAAGGUGUUUUCCAUGUCAGAGGUGGAUCGGCUCGGUGUGGCCCGAGUCAUGGAGGAGACAUGUGACUACCUGUCUGCCAAAGUAAAGAAGCCGAUUCACCUGAGCUACGACAUCGAUGCUAUCGACCCCUCUGUUACCCCGGCGACCGGGACACCUGUAGUCGGAGGGCUCACCUACAGAGAGGGCGUGUACAUCACUGAACACCUGUGCCAGACAGGUCUUCUGUCGGCGGUGGAUCUGGUGGAGGUGAACCCUCUGAGGGGUCAGAACGAGGAGGAGGUCCAGUCCACGGUGAAGACGGCCGUCGACCUGUUACUCAGUUGUUUCGGACGCCUCCGCGAGGGAAACCACCCGGCCGACUACCGCAUGCCUGAGCCGUGACGGGCCCCGACGCCGGCCUCUCUGACUGCACUGACGGACACCUGAACGCCUCUCUGAUCACCAACAGGUGCUUAACGGACGAUCGGAUUAUAACAUGAUUACGAUCACCAGUUUGAAUUAUUUCAACUUUGUUUCUGAGAAAUCACGUUUUGUUUACUAAAAAAUACUACAAUACCCAUGAGCCUCAGGUCAGAAACUUCCAAAUUUGAACUUUAAUACUCAGAAAUCCCGUCAGGUGAGGUCAGUGAACUGCACACGCUUGUUUACCAAACUGUCUGUGACGCUUUAAACCAAAGAAACAAAAGACUGAAUGUCUGCUGCUGCUCAGGACUCAGUCUGAAGUUUAAAUCUAAAGAAAAACAGCAGAAAUUAUUUUAACGCUUCACUCGCUCCUCGGUGACUUCCUGUCUGGGUGCGUUUGAUUCGUGGCUAUUUGUGGAAAACAAGAGCUGCAAAUCAAAUGCACCCAGCUAGAGUUCGACAGACGGGUGGGAAAAGUAUAUUUAGCAUUUGGGAGAUACAUAAAUGCAUGAAUGAAGUGUUUCAAUACAAGAUAAAUACAUCACAUCACAAAGUCCAUUUAGUCACUUUACUGGAGCUUAUGAUCAUUUUUCCAGAUUAAACCAUUAAAUCAUUAAAUUGUAGAUGAUCAGAUUUCCUUUUAAAAUCAAAAAGAGAAAUGUACCUCGUGUUGAGGUUGUGGAGUUUUUCCUACAUCAAAUGAAAAGUGUUUUAUAAUUAAACUAACAGCCUGCUGACGUCAGUCCCGCAUGUCAAAUGUCAUUUAUAAACUUCACUGUUUGACACAAUGAAAUAAAGACAAAGCAGAACAUUUCCUCGUGUUUACUGUGACGAUUAUUUAAUAGUUUCCUGUGUGUGGAGUUAGUCGCGUCCUCAGUGAAACUGCUUUAAAAAGAUCUGUUUGACAUUUGAAGAUCGAUACAACUCUCAUGUUUUUACGGUAAACAUGAAGGUAAAACUGGUUAGCUUAGCUUAGCAUAAAGACUGGAAACAGGUGGAAACAGCUAGCCUGGCUCUGUGCAAAUAUUAACACGUUACAUCUUGUUGUUUAAUCUGAACGAACUGAAGCGUAAAAGCAACGGAUCGUUAAUGUUUAUGUUCUCAUCACCAGUUUGAGUUAUUUCAGCUUUUGUCUCUGAGAAAUCUAAAAAAAUAUCCUUAAAUGGCUCAACUGAUUAUAAAUCCACUAAUAAAUUAAAGCUUUGAGGACGAAAGUCGGCCUGCGUCAAGAUUCAGACAGAAAUUUAGGACCAAAGCUUCACAGUGUGACAAAAGAUAGAUGAAAUAAAAACAGAUCAUUAGAUUGAUACACAUUAUAAAUCUGUGGUCAGCAUCAUUUUAUUUUAAAUUCAAUAUUCAAAACAAGAGUUACGCAGGCUGCCCGGUCGCUGGUCCAACAGUAAAGCUUCAGCACCAUCAGCUGGUAACACGGGGAUCAACCUCGAAACAUGUUUCCAUGGUUACGUAUCAAAUGACUUUAUACCUUAGUGAGCAUCUGUGGAGUUUAACAGCUGAUUAAGUUUCUCUGUUGUUGUUACAGAAAAACUCACGAACUCUGAAUCAUCCGACGUCUGGUUCGACGUCAUCGAAAGUUAACGUCUUCAUACUGGCAGCCUGUUCAUGACUCGCAAACAAACUACACAAAGCAACACCAGCCAUUAAAAACAGGAAUGAAACUAAAUGACAGUUUAUUCCAUCACGACAGAGCAGUGAGACCUGGAUCAACACACCAGCUUUCUGUUGCAGCAGCGUUUAAUUCUUUAUUUACUCUGAUUAGAAUCACGUUUCACAUCAUCAAAUGUCUUUAAAACGUCGUUACAUUUAUUGUUACGGCUCACACAUUUCUUUGCAAUAAAACAAAUGUUACAAGCAGCAAACUGCAGCAGCAGCAGCUCAGAGGACGAACCAGCAGUUACACCACGAACGGAUCGUUACUUUACUUUAACAGCUUCGGUUUUAGAUGUUGAGAAGCAGGUUCGGUGACGUCAUUUCUAUAUUUGACUGUUUUCUUUACUGUUUUUACAUCUGAUUGGUUACUUUUAAGGCUUUUCUCGCUGCUGUUUCUUGAUCCUGUAAACGCUGACGUGAGGAGACGCAUAAAACUGAUGUCAGAUGAUCCAUUUAUCCUCAUUCAUAUAAAAACAUAAACACACAAUUACAGACUGUCUGUAAUAACUUAAAGCUUCUUCAUUUUUGUUCAUUCCUGGUUUCUUAUUCAUUGAUUUUGUCUCAUUAGUUCAGUCUUUUUUGUAUUUGAUGCAUAUGUGACACGUUCUCCUCGUCAGGUUCAUAAAGCUCACACGGAUCUGUUUUAUCUUUAAUCUUUUCGCUCCCAUAAUUAAACAUAAACGUACAAAGACGACCUCGAUCAGCUGUUUUCAACCUGCUGCCUGCUCGGAGGGAAGAAAUGCAGAGUCACUGUUUGUGUUACAGCAGAUCAGCUGUCAUCACACACACACACACACACACACACACACACACACACACACACACACACACACACGCAGCUCUGCAGCUAUUUAUAGCAUCCAUAUAAAUAAUAAAUCACAUGGAGCUGAAAACCGUCAGCAGCAGGAAACGCAGCUCGAGUCACAGUGAAGAAUAAAAUAAAAACGUUUCACCAGAAAUAUAAAAUAAUACUUCCUGUGUGAUUUAAAAGAGCGAUGA